GAUUUUUUCAUUUUACGCACUUCUCAACGACCGCAACGCAAGGUCCACGACGAGAAAGAUCGGUCCGUCCGUCAUCAUUCGGUAGCUAAUCUCGUUGUGUAGCGGUACAACAGUGCUAACGAUUACUCAGUACAUACUGAAAUUAAACUUGAGUGGAGACCUGCAAGUUGCUAGUGUAUACAGUAUUAGAAAGUGGUAUUUGGUGCCUGGUGAUUGCGAUGGAGACACUGUCAAGUUGGGUGAAAACUACACUGCCUAAUUAUCUGGCUGGACUUCCCAUUCCCAACAGUUUUGGAGGAUGGUUUCGGCUCGGAUUUAAAGAUUGGCUUUCGUUGAUUCCACCGACCGCGGCCCUCGGUGGUUUAGUCUAUAUGUCUUAUUUGGCAUUCUGUCCGGAGGCACGUCCGAAACCGAGUACUAAGGUGAACCGGAAAAUCCGUAUGUCCGAAGGCAAGGUCGUAGACAUGAUCGACAUCGAAGAUAUUGCAGAGAAAGCCGCUUUUUGUCGCUGCUGGAAGUCGAGCAAUUGGCCCUACUGCGAUGGAUCGCACGGUGCUCACAAUAAGGAAUGUCAGGACAAUCUUGGACCGGUGGUUGUUUCACGUAAAAAAAAUUAGGCUAGCAGAACCAACAAUGUUCGUGAUUUGAUAGUGCUUUAAAAAUAUUUCUAUACAUUAUGCAUUGGAGAAUAUCGAAUAACUCAUAAUGCUCAUAACAACGGUUAAUAAUUGAUUGAUUAUAUCAAGAAGAAAAGGGCAAUUAUACUUAGGUUUUCAGCAUCAUGAUCGUAUUGUUUCUUAUUCAUCCUUAAUUAAAAGGAAAUAAAAUUUCAGCAAGCGAAUGUGUUACGAACAGUUUAACGCUAAAUCA